UGAAGAAGAAGAAGAUCAAGAAAGAGAGCUUUCUCCAUCUCAUACGAAAUCAAGUAUUGUCACGCCAUGCGCGACAAUCGUACACUUUCUUUCAGGCAUGCGUGACAGAAACUCAUUCAAGUGAAUAUCAAACAUCCGCAAAUCUUUUGUGCAUAAAUCGCCUCGUAAAAUGCAGAUUUCUUUCUCAUUACGUGAACAAUCGUGUUUAAGACAAAGCAGUUAUAUUCAAAAAGCCACCUGCCUUAGAAGAAACGGAUUUCUGAAAAAAAUCGAGACGACACGUGAAAAAGACCUUACUUCGGUCGAUGUUGGCGCUGAGACUACAGAAUACAUUUUAUUACGAGUCUUCCCGUUAUUGGUCGAGGCUAACAGUUACGGAGCAUAAACUGAGACAGGGACGUGAUACUUAAACAAGGGAAGACUUUCAGAGAGCAUAGGUUGUAAUAACUCGUUAAGAGUUACCAUAAGUUGUUUUAGCUCCAAAGGAAGAUGACGUUGGAGAAUUUGUAUCUAUUUUUGCUAAUUUGUUGUCUUCACAUCGCUGUACUUGGAGUUAGCCCUGUCAGAAAACUUACCUCAGAGGACUUGAAAAACAUUGGGGAAUCCACGAACCAAGAUUACAUUGCUGUUUUCUUUGAUAAACCAUCUAUCAGACAGGGGAAUCCAAAGUUUGCCAAAGAAUUUGACAAAUCGUCGGACAUUUUAGAGUCAUUUGGAAUUGAAUUAUGCAAGGUAAACUGUGCAGAAGAGUCCAUUUCUCAAUGUUCUAAUAAGGAACGAAACAUUUUCGUUUACAGGAAGGGCGAUCCGAUUCCUUCAGAAGGAAUCGAUGUCAGCCACUUGUUCGACGAAGAUUCGAUCGUGGCUAACCUCUUACAGUCUGUGUUAACUGAUCAAUACUAUUUCAUUUUUGACGAAGACUCAUUUAAUAGAGUUCUUGCUGUAGAACAGGGAUAUAAAGAUGUCGUCCUCUGUUAUGUCAAAGGACUAGGAAUAAAAGAACAUCGACACUUCCUUGAAUUAGUACAUUACUUUAAAAACGAGGUGUUCUUUGGUCUCACAACAGAUGAAGAAUUGGUGAAGAAAAUUGGUCUCUUCACGAACCAAAAGGCAGCUGUAUAUCUUUUUCACUGUAAACAAAUGAAAAAUACCCAAGGCAGAUGCCCAUCCACUAAGUUUACAGGAAAAGUUGAAAAAACUCCAUUGAUAAGAUUUGUUAGGAGCCAAGAACUUCCGAAAUAUGUAAUUCUUCCAAGUAACAGAUCAACUGUGUUUGACUCCCUGCAACCCCCUGUCGACAAAUUGUUUGUAUUCACGGAUAAAGUUGCUGAUCUUGACACAAAGGAGAUUGAGCAAAUGGCUCUAGAGUUUCAAGGUGCUAUUGGAGUGAUACUUGUCAAUGUAAAUGACCAAAAAGACAUGUUAGCGUCGUUUGGUUUGGCCCAAGACAGCAAUUUUCCAACAGCAGCUUUUGUAGCAGCAAAGGGAGAUGGUGAUAACAGGACAUAUAUAGAAUUGUUCCCUGAAAAUAUCGCAAGAUUUACUUUAAAUAAUUUGAAACAUUUCAUCAAACCUUUGAUAGAUAAUCCUACUGCUGAGUACAACAGAAUUGCCGAGGCCUCGUCUCUUCAGAAGCUCACAUACGCAAGCUACAAAGACGCUAUGAAAAGCCUGGAUACGAACUAUCUCUUUGCGCUGGACUUUUUGAUGGUAGUUUUCUGCAAGGAAGACCACGAACCCUGUGAGAAAUUUUCCAGAACGUUACGACGUAUCGUUCGCACUUUUGAUAGGGGUGGAGAGGGAAGAAUAACCUUUGCAUAUGUCAAGACCACGCGGCAGAAAAAGAUGUUUGAAGGAGAAAAGUUACCAGUUGUUUAUCUGUAUUUGACCAAGUCCGAAGACGAUUUCAUCCAGUACACAAGUGAACUUGAAUAUGAAGCAAUGAUGAAAUUCAUAACCGACCAUACAAAGAUCAAGAGGCCUGUUUCACUGCCUGCAAGCUUGUCAGAUGAGGCACUAAUUUCAUUCCCACACACCAACGAAGAAAACGAAGAUAGCGAAGAAUAUAUCGACAAACUAGACGAGGAGGAGGAGAGCGAAUCGGAGACAUCUCAAAGCAGUGAAGAAUCUGUGGAUGAAGUUUAUUUACCAGAGGAAGAGACAGAAGACGAUGAAGUUUCUGAGGCAGUUCUAAAGGCAAAACCCACUGUUGUACCUGAGACCCUGGUGCCUGCAUUGACUGACAAAACGUUUGAUACCGUCAAGAAAGAAAAUGAUCUAUUGGUAGUGGACUUCUUCCAACCAUGGGAUGCACGUUGUAAAGCUUUUCUACAACCAUAUGUUGAUGCUGCUACACACAUAAGAAAUUUGGAUGUGGGAAACUUCGCCAUCAAAUUGGCUCGUGUGAAUUGUUUUGAUUGGACCGAUGUUUGCCAGUCGAAUAACAUUACGAUUUAUCCCACAAUCAAGAUGUACCGUGACACCUUUCAAUCUUCCAACAUACUUAUCAUACAAAAAGCCACUACUGAUAGUUUUCCGAGCUGAUAGUGAAGACUCCGUCAUAACACCUGUCAUGACAAGGCUCGCACGCGACAAGUCGCUGCCAUCUAUUUUCCUUUGCUGGAUGCCCGUAUAUUCUGACAAAGAUGUAAACGCUGAAAUCUUGAAGUCCUACGCAGGAACUAGUGGUUCUCUUCCUGCAUUGGUCUUGGUGAAUCACGAAAAGGGAACGGUGCAUCUCUUCAAAAACGAAGUUACAAAACAAGCAGUAAAAAACUGGGUGGAGAGCAUUCUUACCGGAAAGGAGCAACCCUCUCGGCUCUUCGCCGAUGGUGAGUGGAAACCGCGUUUGGAGGGAUACGAUUUCCUCCGAAUGAUAGACGAAGAGGAAGAGGAAAAAGAAAGACAACGAUUGAAAAAAAAGAAAGUAGAACGAGCUCUCAAAGAGAAGGACGAUAUCGACGAAGAGGAACCAAAUUGGUCACCACCGGAAGCAAACGAGGUUGAAAAGCGUGACCGGAAGCCAAACCGCCUAAGACGACCGGAAUUAGGGAUUACACGUCGGGAUGAACUCUGAUCAAAUGUUUGAAUGGAGAUUAUUUUAAUUGAUUGUUUGCAUUCAGAAGUUGUACCUACUUAUGCAGCUGGAGGCAAGCAGUUACAGAUUUUCCCGCUAAAAUCAACUUCCGGUUGAUUUUAAGUACUGUCGUCUACUUGAAUAGAAAUUUGUAACGGUCAAAUGCUUAAUUUAAUUUUACAGAAUACGAAUUCGAGAUAUAAAUAUUCCGUCUAUCAUUUCUGUCAACUUAAACGUAGAAAACCUGUACAAAUGAAUGAAUAAAUAUCCUCUUCUUGUGAGA